CUUCUUACAACUCUAUGCUUCCCGGAGGCGGCCGCUCUAUCCCGGUGUCCUCCCGGAUGUCUAUGGGGCCGUUAAAGGGGCCGCUCCGGGCUGCGCGGCCGCGAUCCCGCGAUGCUGCUCACGGUGAAGGCGCUGCAGGGCCGGGGCUGCAGCCUGCAGGUCUCCCCGGACGAGCGCGUCAGCACCCUGAAGCGUCUGGUCUCGGAGAAGUUGAACGUCCCAGUCUCUCAGCAGCGGCUGCUUUUCAAGGGCAAGGCCCUGGCAGAUGAGCACCGGCUCUCGGACUAUUCCAUCGGCCCCGAGUCCAAGCUGAAUCUGGUGAUCAAGCCGCUGGAGAAGGCUUCCCCCGAGGAGCCGGGGCUCAGGGGACCCCCGCCACCAUUCCCGACCAUCUGGCACCCGCUGGGCCAGGUCCUGACUCGGCAUUUCAGCACAGCUGAUGCGGAGAAGGUGCUGGAGCAGCUGCAGAAGGAUUAUGAGCGGAGCCUUCGCCUGCUGAGCCUGGAUGACAUUGAGCGGCUGGCCACGCGGCUGCUGCACCCAGAGGUGGCUGAUGCGGUGGAGAUGGGAUUCCUGGACUAGCAUCCAGACAGCCGUGGGCCUGGGGGAAAGACUUCGGCCUGGCCCUCCCUGCACCUGGAACAAGGCGCCUGCAGGCAGGGCCCAGUAGGGGGCUUGGGGUCCCUCUGCCCCCUCCUCACGCCUCUGAACUGCUGCUAAGGAGCCUGUCUGUGUCUCCCAUUCCCCAUUAAAGGUGAUGGUUAUGACUGCAUCAGUGCCGGAGUCCUAAAGAAAUAACGCACAAUUUCAACAAGAAGACCUUACCCUUGACCCAGUGGAGCCAACGUCUGCUGCAACACGACCAGGAGCUGCUGCUGCUACUGACCUUGACAGGGGGCUGGGCCAAGAAAAACAGCGCCGCUGAACUGGUUCCUGGCUGAGAAGUAGAGCCUGGAUGCAGCAAAACACAAGAUCUCUUCCCUGCUGAGAAGCAGCCUCUGCAGCUGGAGCAGAGCAGCAGCCCAGGUCUCCAGGAAGAGCUGCCAGUGGUGGAGCAAGUACCAGUCGUGGGUGAGAUCUACGCUCCGCAACUACCACCUGUGCGCCAAGGGACAGAACAAAAUGGCAGCGUGGCCUGCUAACUGUGGCCUGUGACGGGGAGCCAGGCUGGUGCCCACACUGCAUUAGCCACUUAGUGCACCCAUCACUUCCCUUCCUCCUUGAAAUUCUUUAGGCUGUAGGUGUCACCCCAGGUAACAGUCCAAGCCAGGUCUUUGCACAAACAGGUUUUAUUCCAUAACACCAACCCACCCUUGGAGUGGCUCAGAUACACAGGCAGCAAAGAACAGGGGGAGGAUGUGUGCGGAGUCUCUGCCACUGUCCCUGUCUCUCUACCCCCUCGCCCCCCGAAGCUUCUCAGGACACACACCCACAGGUCAAGCAGGGGUGUAUGUGACACCGAGUAAAUCAGGCUCUGGGCAGGUAGAGGUGUCUCCCUGGAGUCACGCUGGGAGAGCAGGGCCCAGGGCUUGUUUGUAGGCACAGCCUCCCCUCACCACAGUUGCGUCUCCCGGAUUUCAGAAAUGGUCUGGCUGGCUCGCUGCAAGGCCUGACGGGAGACAGAAGACAUUAGGAUAGGCAGGGGGCAGAGAGACCGCCCCCAAACACAGUUCUCCCCUCACCUGGAGCAGCCCAGCAGCCUCCUUGCGCUGCUGUGCCAUGUCCUCGGACUCUGUGAGCAGCAUGUCCAGCAGCUGCUGCUUGUAUAGCUGCCCAACCAGCUGGCUCUGCAGAUGGUCCUUGACAUAGUUCACCAGGAAAUGCAUGACCGUCUUGGGGACGCUGUGGGGUAGGGGCAAAGGUCACAAGGGCACCCAUCUAGAGCCCUUCCAACUCCCCGUGGCCCUUAGGGGUCUAGGAGAGGGGCUGCAGCCUCGCCCCCGUUCCCCCCAUGUCUUACCUGUCCUGUAUGCUUUUGCGCACAAUGAGGAAAUAGGAUUUGAUGAGUCUGCGGAUCACCUCGCAAUCCCGCUGCUCCCGCUGGCUCAGCUUCCGUGUGGCCGGCAUGGGCUGUGGGGAGAGAGACAGGGCACGGGACUUCAAGGGAAAUGGGGGUCCCGCCCCGCAGGGCCUUCCCCCAGGGAUAACAGUAGUAAGGUUAUAAAACCAGGCAAUCUCCAGUAGCACAAUGCUGGGAUCACACACAAAGGUCAGAAAAUUCUCCAACAAAGAGAUGGGUUGAAGCUGAAGCUAGAAACAUUGAGACUGGAAAUAAGGCAAAAAUCGUUAAGAGUGAAAGAACAGAUUGUGGUGGCCAGUUUUUCCCUAAGAAUGACUUUGGGGCAGUUCUCUGGCCUGUGGGUGUUUGGGGGGUGGGGGGAAGGGGUGUCAGACUAGAUGAUCAAAAUUGUCCCCGCUGGCCUUGGCAGCGAAGCAGCUCUGAAAAGGCGUAAAGGGAGCUGGAGCAGCAAGAUUGGCCCAGACACAGGUCUCCUGCUGUCACUACCCCACCAUCACCUGCCUGUGUGGGGAGGGGGGGAACUCACCGUGUCCAGCAGAUUGACAGCAUGGGAGCGACUGGGGCUGGAAUACAUGGGGGGCUGGGGGUUCCCCUUGGGCUUCUCCUCCAUGCCAGCAUCCUCCACUUUGUCACUCUUCCAGCGCCGGAUCCCCUCCGCAGGGGGGUCACUCUGGGGAGAGCAGAGACCAGCUGGCCAUCAGCAUGUCAUGUGGGGAGGUGGGGGGCGACACUGCUGCCCACUGGGGCGGAAGAGGCUCAGCAGUAGGACAUGGGGCAGGGGAGCAGAGAGACAUUACCUUGCUGCUGCUGACAGAGGCAGACACCAGCGCUGUGUCAAUGAAGUCCGGGUGCUUGGUGUUGAUAUAGGCGAGCUCGAUUGCAACCAGAUUAUGAACCUGCAGGGGAGAGGGAUGGGAUGGAGCCCGGUGAGGGAGCCCAGGAAUUUGGGCUCCCUGCACUGGGGCCCAGAAUAGUGGAUUAAAAACAAAAAACCCUAUGAGCUUCAAAAACAACACAAAAAAGUAUUUAAUUUAAACUCAGUAAAUGCGAUUUUUAUUGUGAAGCUGUUUAAAAUAAUACUGAGAGUAUUGUGAGCUUAGCCCUUAACACAGGUCGCCAGAAUGGUAACAGAUUUUAAUCAAAAGCAGUACACGUUUGCUGCUGACAUCUUAAAGAAUAUCAAACCGCGGAAGGCACUGGCUCAGCCCUGGGAACCAGAGUUUGUGGAAGGUUAAAGCAGGUUUCGAUAGCAGAGAGAAUACUUCCUUCAUUUCAGUUUGUUCAAAGUUCAAAACCCAACCAGGAGUUGGACAACCUGGAAUCCUUGUAAAAUCUCAGACUAGAAGACGGAAACAACUAGUAGAUCUCGUGCUCUUACACUUAGCUUUCAUUCAAAGGACAUGGUGAAAGGCCUAUGUUGAAUAUAUCAGUUAGUUUUAAAUGCAAAACAUGUUUUGAUUUACAUUUGUUCUUAUGGACCAGCACAUUUAAGGUAAUUUAAUUUUCUUACUUGUAAUUUGUGUCCAACUCUAUUUGGAUGGAAACUAGAAUUCCAUUAAAAAUGCCCAGAAACAGUA